AUUACAGAGGAACACAUCAAUCGCGAUGUCAAUCAGGUCAAACGCAACGUCCAAUCAAGCUGCCUAGCCUGUAACAUAGGGCACUCACAUGUGGGGGGUGCCCACAUCUGGCCACACCGCGCAACAGAAUUUUCCCGUGAACAUAACCAUUUUCACAAAUCAACACUCUGCAAUAUCGCGCGAUCCAAACCCUCAAUUUUAAUUCUGGGUUUAGAUUACGAUUUUACGAUGCCGAAAUAUACAGAAUAUCAGCUUGAACAAGCUAUUGACUAAGCGAUUGCAACAGGAAAUGCAAAGAGAGCCAAAGAUUGGGAUGUUCCACGCACAACCCUCAUCGGCCGUCUCAAUGGCCGCGAGCCCAAGAAUAAGGCACAUUGGCAUACCCAAGCGCCUCUCACCGACUUAAGAAGCACACCUCGCCGACUGGGUUCUUGUCCAGCUAGCCCUAGGGGUCGCCCGGACGCAUAACCAGCUUACGGAAUUCGCUCAGCGCAUCGUCAAUAACCAAGGAGACACUGCACCGAUCAGCAAGAACUGGAUUGAUGGCUUUUUACGAAGAAACCCGGUUGUGACGACCGUAAGAGGCAAGAGCAUUGAUUCU